GAGAAGAAGAACUCUUUUGUGUUAGAGUUGCCAAGGGACGAUGUAAACAAUAUGGAGGUCGUUUAAUUACAUUAUUUAGUAAACAGUAAAUCUUGAUGAUGAGUACCAUGAUUGACAGAGGAGCUACAAUAGCUGCAGCUGUAGAGGUGGAAAAGUACUCCAAACAAGGGACAGAACUCUUACAAAGUGGUCAUUUAACAAGUGCAGUUAAAGCUUUUAAAUAUGCCUACAAGUAUGCUGGAGAUCUGGAUGAUGAAUACAUGGAAAGAGCAUGUGCAUUUAAUCUAGGUGCUGCUUAUAUUGCCAUGGGUCAGGGAGAGAAAGGGUUGAAUGUUCUUCAACAGGCUGUUCCCUCAGAAGACAGAAGAGAUGGCAGAUCAAAUGGCGAUUUGUACUUUAAUUUAGGUCUUGGAUAUGAGACUACAAAAAAUAUCCCAGAAGCGAUCCGUUAUUUUAAUAAAGCUUUGGAUGAGUACCGUUAUGAGAGGGACAACCUAGCCAUGGAGAUAGAAACAUUGUCCAAACUGGCCACCUUAUGUACUACAGUACAGAAUCAUCAUUUAAUGAACCUCUACCACCAGUUAGCUGAGGCAUAUGCAAUGCAGGGCAAUGUUGAGAAACAAAUGUGGGCUUUAUGUGAGAAGGCUAAUUCCUACAACAGUUUUGGUGAUCCUCAAAAGGCUGAAUCUGCUGCUGAUGAAUGUUUGAAACUAUCUGAUAAAUGUCAAAAUACUGUGGAGUCAGGAAGCAUAUUUAAUGACCUUGGUCUGCUGUAUACCCAGCUUCAGAAAUAUGGCAUGGCUGUCAAAUGUUUUGAAGAAGCAUUACCAUUGGCUCAGAGCAGUGAUGAUAAAAAGAGAGAGGCUGUGAUUCGUCAAAAUUUAGGUGCUGCCUAUAACUUUGUUGGAGAAUACCAGAGAGCUAUAAGCUUUCACAAAUCAGCUGCAGAUAUGUAUGCUCGUUUACAAAACCGUAAUUCCCAGGGACAAUGCUAUGCCAAUUUAGCAUAUGCCUACAGUCAGCUUGGUGAUCUGAUGAAAGCCAAACAAGCUUUUGAUCAUGCACUCUUAGCAGCUGAAGAUACAGAUGACAAUCGUACUACUUGGCAAGUUUCUGAAGGACUAGGAUCUGUUGCAUUUAAUGAGAGAAAAUAUGAUGAAGCAAUAGAAUUCUUCAAGAAAGCUCUGGGUGUACUAGCUGCUAGGGAAAGUAACAUAACAGCACAGAACAGAAUUGUAGAGAAACUAAAACAAGCAUUAGAGGCUCAAAUCAAAGACAAAGAAAGACCAUUUGCUCACAUAAGAAAAGAGGAUGUAAACCCACUUAAAUCUGGAUAUAAGAAGAGUUUAGCUGAAAAACCAACCAGACCCACAUCUGCAAAACCAGUUGCUGUAGGAGGCCGUGUGGCAGACAGAAAUAAUACAGAUGAAGUUCAGAGGAGACCAAAAAUGAGGAAAAAAUUUGUUCGUGUUAAUAAGUCGGGUACGUCAAAGAGGUUCAGUAAAGUAGCCCGAGGGUUGUCUGACAUGAUGGAACCAUUUGAACUAACACCUAGAUCUGGUAGUGGCCUACAAGGAGAGACAAUGAUGCCAGUCCAGUCACAGUCAGAAGAUUCUUCGGAGGAGGAAACUGAAAGUGAUGAAAACAAAUUUCAGUCUUCAAAAACUGCUGCAUCCAAACAGUCUGAUUCUCAGCGGUCUAAGGAUAGAGAAACAGCAUCAAACAGAUCUGUUCAUGGAUCUGAAUCAGACGACAGUUUGGAAGAGGAAGAAACAGAAAGCAGUUCUGAAGAAUCUGAAGAUCAAGAUAAAAAGGCUGUGCUGGAACAGAUGGGAAAACUUGAUAAAGGUGAAGAUGACGGUUCUGAAUCAGAAGAUGAUAAAGACACAGAUGAUGAUAAAGACAAAGGAAAUGAAAAGAUGGAUAGAAGACACAAAGAACACAGAAGAAAACAGCCUGUAGAAAUUGAAGCUCAUGUACGGAAUGGAGAUGAAAGCUCUAGUGAAACAGGAUCUUCGUCAUCUGGGUCAGAGUCGGGAAGUACAGAAAGUGAAUCAGAGGAUGAACCACCUCCAGUACCAUCAGGUUCUUUGCCAAAAUCUGGAGAAAUCAAAACAUGUGAACAGCCUUGGGGAAGAACAGACUCUAAAAAAAAAAUGAAUUAUGCAGAUAUUAACUUUGAUGGAGGUUCAGCAAGAGGUGAGAUUAACAAUUCCAAAAAACAUCCCAACUAUCUAGAAAACGAAGAUACGGAGAGUUUGAGGGUCAAUAUGGGAACAAGAGCUAGUGGACAAUAUGAUAAUGAUGGAGAAGACGAGGAGGAUCCACUCUAUCAAACCAUACCAUCAAGGUCACUCAAAGAUGAUAAUGAAUUCCAAGCGAAAAAAACAACCUUUACUGACUUCUCCAGUCUACCAAGGGGAGAGAAAGAAAAAUUAAUGUAUGAGAAACACAGACAUGAUCAACUAGAUCGCCAACAAGCCCCGCCCCUUCCUGACAGAAGAGACAAAGGGGAAAAAGAUUCAAAAACAUGUUCUGUUAUGUAAAAAACUAAGUUAAUGUGAAUUAAUACCAUUAUUUAUGGUCAUGUGAUUAGACAAUAAUUUAGUUAAUAAUUUUUUUAAUUUUUCCGUCCAUUUAAGACAAGAAAUAAAGAUUUUAGUUCAACUUAUGUGCUUGAUAGUUAUCUAUUUAUAAUAAAGUGUUUAGGUUAUUUUCCGUCCAUUAACUUUUUGUUUAUUAAAAACUAUUGUUUUUAAAAUGUUUUUGCAUUUCAUUGUUUUGUAGGAACUUUUUAUAUGUUUCAUUUUAAUUUAAUUUUCUCUGUAUAAAUAUAGCUUCAAAAAAAAGGUUAUCUUUUAGGAGGAGGAAGAGUUUGUUGUAUUCCUUUUUCCCCAUUACAUCAUAUAUAUACCAAAAUAAGACAAAUUGUCUUAUCAUACCCCCACCCCCCUUCCCCAAAUGUGGUACUUUUGUUUGUCCAGUAAGUUUUUUCAUUUUGUUAACGUAGCUUUACAUAAAUGGACAUCCAGACAAACAAAACUUACCAGGCAGCAUCAAGUUUUCUUCUUUUUUUUUUUUAUUUAUUUUUCAAUUUCCUUUAAAAAGUCCUCUUCAUGACCCUUCAUUGCUUACUUACAUGUGUGCAUUUCAGUAUGUAGCUAAUAACAGCUUGUGACAUUCUUAUACUUGAUUUAAUCUGUAAAAUAAACUGUCAAUUAAACUUGUUCAUUUAGUUACAAGUGACAUAUUUAAAUUCCUUAAUGGUAUAAGAAAACUGCUGCAUUUUAUAUAGCAAUUUAAGUAGACUAUGCAUUUGUGUAUUCUGGCCUCAGAAAUUACAAGCAUGAUCUUCAUACUCAUUCUCGGAAAUCAACCCAUCAAAAUACUGGAUUUGGUGUUUCAAGCACAAAUUUUGUACUUCGAGUACUGGCAAAGUAAAGUUUUAUGACCAAGGGUGCUGGACCAGAGAAUCUAAUUCCUUAUGUAUGGCACAGACCAUUCAUCUUUUAUGAAGGUAUGGAGAGGCAUGGGUGUUUUUCUGGGGACAUGCAGACCUUCUUGGGGGACUACAAUGAAAAACAAACUAUUUUUUCAUUAAUAUACAGGAAAACAAAAUUUUAUUUGAAACCUAUUGUUGAAUUUAUUUCUUUUCCAAAUUUUAAAUUGAAACAAACUUUUUUUUCACUUCCCUUCUUUAACAAAUUAUUUUUUUAAGAAUGGUUGGUGACUAGUACAAAAUAGUAUAAAGGACAAUUUGUGUUAUCAAAAUUAGUCUGUGAUAUUAUUUCUUAUCUGUCCAAACUAUUGUUAAUUCAAAAAUGUUUGCAUGCAUUAUUCAUUACUAUUGUUGACGAAUGGACACAAACGUCAGUUUAUUUAUUGCGAUUUCAGGAAAUGCUGCAUACAAAUACAUUAUGUAAUGGCUAUGGAAAUUUAAAAUAUGAAUUUUAUUUGUACGAAACAUAUCCUGUCGCAAUUUUUGUAAUGAAUAAAAACAUCGCAACUAUUUUUGAAUUUACAGUAAUUUACAGUUAAUUGCUUUAUGAAAUAAACUGUUAGUUGUG